AUUUAAAUUGCAUGCUAUAAAGUUACAGUUCUCGCGUGCUUGUUUUUGAACACAGUCUCGCUUAGUUCUCGUUCUAUACUCGGAAUAUUCCGAGGAUUUCCCGAUUACAAAUAAUGUCGAUAAUUCUCGACACUCUCCCCCUAUUUGGAACGUAAGUUUGCAAAUAUUACAACAAUAACAAUAUGUUAAUAAGAAUCUAAGUUUAUCAGUUUCCGUUUAUAAGUUCCUCAAUACUCUCGAAUAUUUUCAUUAAAAGUACUCCUCGUCUUGAAGUUCUUCUGCUGCAAUGUUUUUGAAUAGUUCUCGUGCAGCUUCUGCAGCUUUACGUUUUGGACGAAAUUCAGGAGCAUGUACAUCCAAGGCGGUGUUUUCUUUUGACUUCGAUGGCAUGUCGCACGACAAUUCCAACGGGAAUAGGUGUUGGACAGGUCUUUCCAGAUAUAAUUUUCCCGCUCGUAACCGCGCUCCUCGUACAACUUUAUCUCGACCUUGGAUCAGUUUCUCCACGAUACCAAUUCUCCAUACACCUCUGUUCUUUUCUUCACCUUUGAUCAUUACGACACCAUACCAAAAUCUCCAUACACCUCUGUUCUUUUCUUCACCUUUGAUCAUUACGACAUCUCCAGGUUUCAGCGCCAUUUCUUUACGGUCAUGUUUCAGGUUGUGACGUUCUCUCAGGGAUUUGAUGUACUCAGUUGACCACCUAGACCAUAGAGCAUCCUUACACUUGCGCAGGUAUUUAGCCCGUUUGCGUAGGUCCCGAUCUUCAAUAGCAUUGGGAUCUCGUUGUGGAAUUAAGUUAGGUUGACCAAAUAACAUGGAGUUUGGGGUUAACAAAUGGAGUUGAACGUCAUCUUCAACGUAGUGUAGUAUACGAAGGUGUCUAAUUAUUAAUAAAGGUCGCGUGCAAGGGUCAAGAAAGGAUAUCGGAUGACAAUAACAAACGGGAUUGCUAGACAAUAUACAGGACAAGAAUAUAGUGCAUUGAGUGCAGGGGACUAGAAUAGGAUUUAAUAAAGUGAUUUGUUUAUACUGCUUGCGUGUCGUGAUAUAUUACAUUGGUGCCGUGACCAGGAUGACUACAUCAACAGCGACAACAAGAGCUAAUUUGUUAUCUAUUCCUGAAACAUUUUCAGACGGUGAUUUUGGACUGUGGUUACGAAAGUUCGAGCUGUGUUCGACGGCAAAUGGUUGGAAAGAGGAUGAAAUGUUGAAGCGUUUACCGACGCUAUUAAUUAUCGGGCAAAGCGUUUGUAGUGUUCGAGCGGCUUGGAGACGACAAGAAGGAAGAUUUCAAAGUCCUUAUAGCAGCGAUAAAGGAAGCGUUCGGCGGCGAUGAAACAAGCAAACAUAUUGCUAUGAUGGAGUUUCGUCGACGUGCGCGCAAGCCUGGAGAGGACAUUCAAGUUUUCGCGUAUGGGUUGGAAACAUUGCUCAGCCGAGCGAUCCCUAAUAUCGGGAAUGACGAGAGAGAUACGCUUUUAAAACAACAAUUUAUUGAAGGAUUGUCUCCUGCGCUAAAACGGGAGCUAUUGCAAAGACCGAGCCUGAAAUACGAGGAGACCGUCAAGAUUGCACAACAAUUAGAUUUGACACCCAAGCUGUCAAGUCCAAAUGCUGAUCAUGAUGUGAACCUGACGAGAGUUCAGGGAGAGAACGUAUCUAGCAGCGAGUCAACAGUGGUGCACCAGUUAAAGGAAAGCGUUGAGGUCCUCACCGAAAAGGUUAACCAACUUUCCGCAUCGGUAAAUAACAUCAGCGAAGUGGCAGCGAUACGAACGGAGAACCCCCGUCGUGGUAGAGCUUGUUAUAACUGCGGCGGAUUUAACCAUAUCGCGAACGAAUGUCGACAACCCAAGCGAAGAAAUGAUCGUAGAAGAAAUGACCGUGGGAAACGCCGGAACGAGAAUUACUGCUUUGUGUGUGGUGACCUCGGACAUUUUGCCCGUGAUUGUCAAUAUCGGUAUCAAGCCCCACAACAACGACACCAGGGAAACUACCAAGGGCUGACCCGCUAUUAG